ACUCAAACAGAGCAGUGGACCCGCGCAUCGACAGCCCUCGAAGUGAUCGACAUCGGGUGAUUGUUUAGUUGUCUCAGUCGCAUCCGUGGGGAAUCAGUCAUCGCUUGCUGGAAAUUUCUCCUAGCCGACAAAAAGCGGACGACCAGCAACGAGCUGACUGGUGCAUUGCAUCUCCCAUCCUAGCGCUCUCCAGGGGUCUUUCCUCCACCUCGAGGGGCUUGUUACACGAGCAGUUUUCGACCAGGCAAACAUUUCCCUCACGAACUGAUCGAUUGAUCAUUGUGGAAGAAAUGGCUAGUUGCAAGGCAAGCUUUGUGUCGAUCUUGAACAAUGACGACAACCCAGCGUUCACUGUGCGGUCCGCACCUGGCAUUUCUCGACAACACUCGGCCUCAUCCUACUCAUCUUACCACUACGAACCGCAAUCGACGACGACGACUCCGACCUUGACCCCUGACUUCCGCUACCACCACCACACCUACACGAACUCGCCAUCCGCAUCACCCGCUCUGGCCCGUCAUCCGUUCGACCCGGUAUCUGAACCUACGCAGCCCACGUCCCCCGGCUCCUCCGACUGUUCUUACGACUACAUGAGCAGUGGUGCCAGCGUCCGAUCGCACUAUCACCUGAGUCGACAAGAUCCCCACGCCUACCGGGCUCUGUCGGAGAAGCAGAUCAGUGGGAGCUCGGUGGUCGAGCCCCCAUCCCCGCAGCCCUCGAUCGGCAGUACGUCCAAGGAAAGCAUGGCCGCGAAAUCGGGGGUCCGGAAGAACAAGUAUCCUUGUCCCUUUGCUGCCAGUCACGGCUGCACGGCGACGUUCACGACCUCGGGCCAUGCCGCCCGGCACGGCAAGAAGCACACGGGGGAGAAGAGCGUGCACUGUCCCAUCUGCAACAAGGCAUUCACCCGGAAAGACAACAUGAAGCAACAUAUCCGGACUCACCGGACACACUCGGAGGAGGUGCCGACGGGGAUGGCGACCGACCGGGACAGCGACGGGAGCAGCAGCUGGUCGACGCGGCGAAGCAACGCCUCCACCUAUGACUACCAUCAACGCUCGACCAUCCAAGCCCAGCGGGAGAAAUCCGCCUACGAGGCCAUGCCAUCACGAGUAUGAUGCGGAUGCUGAUGCUGAUGCUGAUGCCGACGAUGAGAAUCCAGCUUUCUUAUUCCUUACCUACUCUUCUCCCUCCUUCUUUCUUGUUUCGGGCCAUCCUAUGGCUGGCGAGCCAUGGCCGUCAGAGCGAUGGCUUUGUGUGGUUGAGGCGCUCUUGACCCGACGCAGAGGGCGACUGCUGUGCGGUUCUCUCGAGGAGUCAGGAGUGUGUUUUCAUUCUUCGUUCCUCGUUCGCGAUGGACGGAUCUAUCUUGGGAUAGAGGUUUCUUUUUUUUCUUCCUUCUGUGAUCGCAUUUUCUAUUUUAUGUUC